UCCACCCUCCUGGGCCUCCCAAGUGCUGGGAUUACAGGCGUGAACCAUUGGGCACCUGGUCCUAGUUCCCUCAUCUUUAAAAUAAUAGGGUAAUUCUAACCUAAAAUGGUUGUAUGGUUGUGAGGACUAAAUAAAAUAAUUUGUGGCCUAUAGUAAACGUUCAGUAGGUGGAGGCUGUUUCCAUUUUCCAGCCAGUGCUACCCCUCCUCUCCUAUUGCUGAGAGCCUCAGCCACCUCAGCAAACAGAGAAUGGAUUCUGCAGGGUUCCAAGAGCGGAUUAGUUUUGGGUGUCACUUAAUCCAAGAGGGCCUUCCGCAAUCUGAACCUUUAUAGCAGCCAAACUGAUAAAAACCUGCUUAAGAGGCCUCCUUCCCAAACGCUGAAGGAUGGAGUGGGUAGUCGGAGCUAAGCUGUUGCUGCUGUUGUGGGUGACUGGCUGCCAACAUGCGCAGGCAGACGCCCCAAGCGGUUAUAUGUCGGUUAUCGAAGUGACUAACGGGGGUACCUGGGGAGACUGGGCCUGGCCUGAGAUGUGUCCUAUUGGAUUUUUCGCCAGUGGGUUUUCGCUAAAGGUGGAACGCCCCCAAGGCAUUCCUGGCGACGACACGGCUCUGAACGGGAUUCGGCUGCACUGCGCGCGCGGGGAUGCCCAGCUCAACACACAUGUGGUGGAGUCCCAGUCUGGAAGAUGGGGAGAGUGGAGUGAGCCGCUGUGGUGUCCUGGCGGCGGCUUCCUAGUGGCCUUCUCGCUUCGCGUGGAGGCACCCACGGUCCCCGGGGACAACACAGCUGCCAACAACGUGCGCUUCCGCUGCUCAGAUGGCACCGAACUGGAGGGUCCUGGGCUGAGCUGGGGAGAGUUUGGAGACUGGAGCGACCCAUGUGCCAAAGGCUCUUGCGGCCUGCAGACCAAGAUUGAGCGACCUAGAGGUCUCCGCGAUGACACAGCGCUGAACGACGUGCGCUUAUUCUGCUGCCGCAGUUGACACCGCAGCCGACUCUCCCCAACUUCUCCCAGACCUAAAGGCUAGUCCUACCUUCCGUGAUUAAAGCUUCUCUGUCUUGGC